AUUCCAAAUUGCCCCCACUCCUGUCGCCUCGGUUUAUAUGACCUGUCCACUAUAACACAGAGAGAACCCACAGCGCUGCCUUCAUGUUGAGUGUGCCAUGGAUCCUGUCGCAUCUUCGUCAGGCUCCACUGGUCAGCGCCAUGCUACGAGCUGUAGAACAUUCACAGGAACUGCGCUGAUGGUACUGCUGCUCUUCGUGGCUGGCGUGGACUCAUGGAGAUGGGGUUCAGAGUCUUCUUGUCCUCCAGGACCGGAACCACAAUGUCCAGAGAAUCCUGUGGAAGACGCUUCAAACUACUUCCCUCACCCCACUGACUGUCACUAUUACAUCCAGUGUGACAGCAGCAGGAGACCGAUCUGCAGGCGCUGCUCACCGACGACGUACUUCAACCCCAAAACUUUCAACUGUGUUUGGCCGCUUCAAGCGAGCUGUGAGCACAAUGAAACAACCAGAAGGGAGAGUCUGCUGCCGCCAAUAUGCGGCCCAGACAGAGAGUGCUAUGGAGAAGGGGAGACAGAGAGGGAUUACGUGGAAUGUUCGCGUUAUUACGUAUGCAGGAAUGGGACUAAAGUGCGAAUGGAAUGUCCGGAAGGGCAAGCAUUCAAUGCCCGGCAGGGUAUAUGCGAUGAACCCGAAAACGCUGGUUGUGAUGAUUUUACGUACUUAGAAGACAGGCGAUGUGCAGAAGAAGGGAAGCCAAUUAAAAUUGAUUGUCACUCAUAUGUUAUAUGCAAACAUGGCAAGAAUGAAACCUACAGGUGUAACGCAAAUCAAUAUUUCGAUGAGGCAACUAGAACAUGCCAACCAGGAUCCUGUGAUAAACCCAUCUGCGAGGAUAAAGAAGAUCCUACAGAUUGCAAUUAUUACUUCAAGGACUGUAAUCGAAGGACAAAAUGUCCAGAGGAUAAGCAUUUUAAUAAGAAGACAAAACAUUGUGAAAACCAGUGCACUGCUGGCUGUAAGAAUCCUAAUGAAAUUCCACAGUGCAGACAGUGCCAAGAGGAAAGUAAGAUACUGCAAUUUGAUUGCCACUCCUACACUAUCUGUAAAGAUGGAAAAAUAGUAUCUUUCAAUUGUCGAGCAGAUCAGAGGUUCGAUGAGUUAUCAGGAACUUGUAAGGCAGGCUCCUGUAAAACUUUUUGCGAAGACAGGGAAGACCCUACAGACUGUAAUUAUUAUAUAAAGGACUGCGAUCAAAGAACAAGGUGUCCUGACCACCAGCAUUUCAACCGCCAAACCAGGCGCUGUGAAAAUCAAUGCACAGCUGGCUGUAAAGAUCCGAAAGAUAUUCCACAGUGCAGACAGUGUGAAGAAGGACAGAUACAGCAAUACGACUGUCACUCCUACAACAUAUGCAAAGGAGGCAGAAUAGUUAAUAUCAUAUGCCGCACUGAUCAACAUUUUGACUCGAUUAGUGGCAUAUGUAAACCUGGUCCAUGUACUCCACCAACAUGCGAGGAUAAAGAAGAUCCUACCGAUUGUAAUUACUACAUAAAGAAUUGCAACCAACGGACAAGGUGCCCUGCAGGACAACACUUCAACAAGCUAACGAAACGUUGCGAAAAUCAGUGCACAGCUGGUUGCCAGGACCCAAUUAAUAUUCCGCAAUGUAGACAGUGUAAUGAAGAAGGCAAAAUAUUGCAAUAUGAUUGUCAUUCCUACGCCACAUGUACAGGAGGUAAAGUAGUGUCUGUAAAGUGUAGAGUUGAUCAAUAUUUCGAUGUGACUAGUGGCACAUGUAAAGUAGGAUCCUGUAAUCCUGAACCCUGCGAGGAUAUAGAAGAUCCUACCGAUUGUAAUUACUACAUAAAGAAUUGCAACCAAAGAACAAGGUGUCCCGUAGGACAACACUUCAACAAGCUAACGAAACGUUGCGAAAAUCAAUGCACAGCUGGUUGCCAGGACCCAAUUAAUAUUCCGCAAUGUAGACAGUGUAAUGAAGAAGGCAAAAUAUUGCAAUAUGAUUGUCAUUCCUACACCACAUGUACAGGAGGUAAAGUAGUGUCUGUAAAGUGUAGAGUUGAUCAAUAUUUCGAUGUGACUAGUGGCACAUGUAAAGUAGGAUCCUGUAAUCCUGAACCCUGCGAGGAUAUAGAAGAUCCUACCGAUUGUAAUUACUACAUAAAGAAUUGCAACCAAAGAACAAGGUGUCCCGUAGGACAACACUUCAACAAGCUAACGAAACGUUGCGAAAAUCAAUGCACAGCUGGUUGCCAGGACCCAAUUAAUAUUCCGCAAUGUAGACAGUGUAAUGAAGAAGGCAAAAUAUUGCAAUAUGAUUGUCAUUCCUACACCACAUGUACAGGAGGUAAAGUAGUGUCUGUAAAGUGUAGAGUUGAUCAAUAUUUCGAUGUGACUAGUGGCACAUGUAAAGUAGGAUCCUGUAAUCCUGAACCCUGCGAGGAUAUAGAAGAUCCUACCGAUUGUAAUUACUACAUAAAGAAUUGCAACCAAAGAACAAGGUGUCCCGUAGGACAACACUUCAACAAGCUAACGAAACGUUGCGAAAAUCAGUGCACAGCUGGUUGCCAGGACCCAAUUAAUAUUCCGCAAUGUAGACAGUGUAAUGAAGAAGGCAAAAUAUUGCAAUAUGAUUGUCAUUCCUACACCACAUGUACAGGAGGUAAAGUAGUGUCUGUAAAGUGUAGAGUUGAUCAAUAUUUCGAUGUGACUAGUGGCACAUGUAAAGUAGGAUCCUGUAAUCCUGAACCCUGCGAGGAUAUAGAAGAUCCUACCGAUUGUAAUUACUACAUAAAGAAUUGCAACCAAAGAACAAGGUGUCCCGUAGGACAACACUUCAACAAGCUAACGAAACGUUGCGAAAAUCAGUGCACAGCUGGUUGCCAGGACCCAAUUAAUAUUCCGCAAUGUAGACAGUGUAAUGAAGAAGGUAAAAUAUUGCAAUAUGAUUGUCACUCCUACACCACUUGUAAAGCAGGUAAGAUAGUGCCUAUAAUGUGUAGACUUGAUCAAUAUUUCGAUGUGACUAGUGGCACAUGUAAAGUAGGAUCCUGUAAUCCUGAACCUUGCGAGGAUAAAGAAGAUCCUACUGAUUGUAAUUACUACAUAAAGAAUUGCAACCAACGGACAAGGUGCCCUGCAGGACAACACUUCAACAAGCUAACGAAACGUUGCGAAAAUCAGUGCACAGCUGGUUGCCAGGACCCAAUUAAUAUUCCGCAAUGUAGACAGUGUAAUGAAGAAGGCAAAAUAUUGCAAUAUGAUUGUCAUUCCUACACCACUUGUAAAGGAGGUAAGAUAGUGUCUGUAAAGUGUAGAGUUGAUCAAUACUUCGAUGUGACUAGUGGCACAUGUAAAGUAGGAUCCUGUAAUCCUGAACCCUGCGAGGAUAUAGAAGAUCCUACCGAUUGUAAUUACUACAUAAAGAAUUGCAACCAAAGAACAAGGUGUCCCGUAGGACAACACUUCAACAAGCUAACGAAACGUUGCGAAAAUCAAUGCACAGCUGGUUGCCAGGACCCAAUUAAUAUUCCGCAAUGUAGACAGUGUAAUGAAGAAGGCAAAAUAUUGCAAUAUGAUUGUCAUUCCUACGCCACAUGUACAGGAGGUAAAGUAGUGUCUGUAAAGUGUAGAGUUGAUCAAUAUUUCGAUGUGACUAGUGGCACAUGUAAAGUAGGAUCCUGUAAUCCUGAACCCUGCGAGGAUAUAGAAGAUCCUACCGAUUGUAAUUACUACAUAAAGAAUUGCAACCAAAGAACAAGGUGUCCCGUAGGACAACACUUCAACAAGCUAACGAAACGUUGCGAAAAUCAAUGUACAGCUGGUUGCCAAAAACCAGAGGAUAUUCCACAGUGCAGGCUGUGCCAAGAAGGCGAAAUACUGCAAUACGAUUGUCACUCCUACACUAUAUGCGAAGGUGGCAAGUUAGUUCCUGUCACUUGUCGUGCAGAUCAAUAUUUUGACGUCUUAAGUGGUACGUGCAAAAUCGGAUCAUGUGACCCUAACCCUUGUGAGGAUGUGGAAGAUCCCGCCGAUUGCAAUUAUUAUUUCACUAAUUGUAACCAGAGAAAAAAGUGUCCUCAGGGUCAACAUUUUAACAGGAAAACUAAACGUUGUGAAAAUCAGUGUACUGCUGGAUGCAUAGACCCAAGCAAAAUUUCGGAUUGUCACUUAUGUGAACCAGAAGGGAAAACAUUUGAAGACCCUUGUAGUUGUGAAAUGUAUUAUGUAUGUAAGGGUGGCGUGAGAGUUAUUGCUAUGUGUGAUGAUGGUCUCCAUUACAACAGAACACUGGCUCAAUGCGACGUGCCGUGUAGCGAUACAUGUCCGAAAUUGUUCGCUAGAAAACCCGAAUGCUGUGCCUCAACGAAAGGAAAACCCGAACCGCUGUGUCCUUCAACCACAUAUUCCGUGUUCCUGCCUCAUCCGAGUGACAGUCGCUGGUUUUAUCAGUGUCAACAAGGCGUUCUUUACUGCAACAGAUGUCCUCCUGGAUAUAAAUGGAAUACUGAUGAAGACACCUGCGAUAAAUCUUGCCAAUGUCCGUGAGAAAAUAUCCUGCUGUGAAGUGUGGAACCAAAGCAGACAUUGCAUCAGUCGCUCCACUAAAAACGAAACUAUUACAUUACCAAAAUGAUUUGUGGCGAUCAACAUGGUAAAGACAAUGUUCCUGAAGCAAGACUUCCAGCCACAGAAAAUGUAUUGUAAUUUCCAUCUUCAAUCAUUUGCCGAAAUUGCCUGUAUAAUCUAUUCCACCAUACAUUACAGCGGUCCAAGUAGUCUUUCUACGGGUUUGGUUUAAAGGCUGCUGAGUAUCGCCUCUCUCCUUCCGCAGUCCGAAUUGUGAGGAAUGCCAACCUCUAAGUCUGCAUAAGUUUCUGUCUUCAUACCAACCAAACAAUCGUAUAUUCUGGAGUAUCUUUAGAGUGAAGAUACUAAACGAAAUUUAUCUGCAAUACUCUUCUUUUCAAGUAUGUGAAUUAAUAUUUUGUUCAAUGAUUCACAUUUUGUCAAUGAGGAAAUAAAAUUUCCAUCCUUCCUAACUACAGAAAAAUAAAGAACAAUAGAAGAAUUGUAAGUUUUGAGGUUUUCAC